CAGGUACCUAGUGGACUUACCUGUACAGCGACCGUUUUAUUGGUUACGUUUGAACACCUUCCUACGUAUGCAGACAGGUGUGCAGCGUAGCGUUAGAUACCUGCCGGACCCGUCACGUUCCGUCUCAUAGCUCUCCGUCUGCCGGCUCCGGAGGUUAUCGCUGUUUGGAAUGGUAGCCAGUCAAAACAUUUUUGAUAUAGAGUUCCUAAUUACUUUUUGGAUAACCCUAAUUUGUUAACCUGAGCCUAAUUGACGAUGGAUCAUCCUUGCGGAUUGUUACUGGUGACACUUCUAGCUGCUAUAGUAACUGUACAUGCCUCCCAUUUGUACGUGGUUCAAGACACCCCCUGCCACACUUCAUCAGACUGUCCCCUGGACGCGUGCUGUCGGGAAAUAGACGGACAGUUGAUCACGCUCUCUGGAACGUUUGACGCCGUCGGUCCGUUCCUUGAUAACCACAACGGUACGUGCGUGCCACUCCUAGCCCAGCACGGGGAACACUGUGGGGAGUUCUGUCAGUGCGACAAGGACCAAGGCCUGAUGUGCUAUCGUCAUUUUUCGGACCAUGAGUUUGCCCCGUCCAUGUGUCGUGAGAAAACAUUUGUUGAAAAGCAACGGCAGAAGUGGAUAGCGUGUUAUAAAGAUCCCAAAUGUAAAUUACCCAUGUGACUUCCCAUGUGACUACCAUGUGACUACGUACGCUUGUGAUUAAAUCCUACGUUUUGUUUUUGUUUCAAUAAA